GGAAGCCGAUUUCACUCAGCCGAGUUUCCCGGGAAGCGCCCUACUUGGAAGUCAUCAGCUGGGAAUUAAUUGUGUCGACGCUUACUGACUGAGCCGCCCUGGUCGCGCGGCCGUGAGGCAGAAAGAGCACGCGCUCAAGUCAAUCGAAACAUUGCGCAGCUCAGCAAUGCAGUUCCGCGUAAACUGUUGGGCAAUGUGCAGGAACCACACUGACGCGAGCGUUGAAAUACAAAGCUAUUCUUAGAAACAGAUUCCUAGAACUUCCCUCGGUUUGCAAAUCUGGAUUUACAAAUUGAAGCGUUUUCUCGCCCCAUUAUUAUUCUACACAAGGCAUUCAACGAUAGAAGGUCUCUGUUGCAGGUAUCGUAUUUUGAGUGUUUUUGUUGAGGCAAUGUUGUUUCAGUUGCUAUUGUUGCAAUGAAAACCUUUUUUUUCCUAAAAGAAGGAAAACUUCUCCGUGUACUUUUCAUCGUGUAGAACUAUAAAUCGACUUUGCUGACAUGGCAUGAAUUGGUGACUAUUUCAAGUUAGAUGCCCGACUUUUUGGAUUCAAAUUCGAUUACACUAAAUGGGAUUCUAUUCGUUAUGAUUGUGUGUGUUCAAAGGGCUAUCUUCCCAGUGGCACCCACAAAGAUGGUUGCCAGGGGGAUGACCAUGCAGGACAACGGAGAGCAAGGGGAUUUAUGUUACCAUCACCCAAGCUCCACACUUUGGGACCCCGCAGAAGACUUGCGUUGCAUAACCACCACCUUCCAGUACCUUCAUACUUCAGGUUGGUACUGGGGCUCCAUGUCUGUCAGCGAGGCUAGGGAUGUUCUCCAGAAGGUGUCCGUGGGGACCUUCCUGGUGCGCGACAGCAGCCACCCUCUCUACAUGCUCACCCUGUCAGUCAAGACGGGCUGCGGCCCCACCAAUGUGCGAGUCGAGUACAGCCGCGGCCUCUUCAGACUGGACUCCAGUUCCCCGGGGAUACCUCACCUGAAGUCUUUCCCAGACAUCGUGAGCCUAAUACAACACUACGUGGGCUUCUGUCAGAAAGACACAAGCCAGAGAGCUGAACCCAAGGAGGACUCUCUACCCAAAGCCAAACUAGCACCACCCCAGCCCACAACUACGGAUAGCCCAGUGUUACUAAUGCUGAAGCACCCCCUGCACAGGCCCCAGGCAUUCCCUUCCUUGCAGCACCUCACACGCCUGGCUAUCAACCAGACCACAGACUGUCCAACUCAGCUUCCACUCCCAUGUCCACUGGUUUGUUAUCUACAGGAAUACCCAUUCAAGUUAUGAAGGCCAGUUUAUGAAAGGCCAGUGUAAGACUGAGCCAUUUCCAAAGGGGCGAUAAUCAGCCCAGAAGUUCUCACUUAGAUGGGAGCAGAGUUUGUCGUCUGAUGGAAAAGACUGUCUGAAUCACCACAAAAUGAAGUUAGCAAUUUUCGCAAUUGUGGCAUUUGCUGGUUAGCCAGUGGUGUUCACGAUGUGUUGAGCUUCAUUUUUUUCUCACAUACCCAUGAACUUUAAUAAUAACACUUUUUAUAACCAUUUGUACUGUUCUGAAAAAACAUGUAUCAUACACAUGUAGUUUGUUGAUAUGAACAAAUGUCUUGUAAACAAUUACAAAGUCUGUUUUUCAACCUGGUGAUUUGUUUUAUUUUGUUAGCCUGAUAUCUAAACUACUACUGAUUGCAGGAGGAUAUAGCGAGAAGCAAAUAAUGUCAGUGUGUAUCUGUUUGUCAAGGAGAGAGAUGUUUAACCCGUUUUCAUGAAAACACAUGAACCUGCUGAACUGCUUUGUCAAUAUUGGACUCAUAUUCCACAUUCCUGGCAGAGCACUCAUCUGGGUCAGACAUCCAAAUCUUAAAUCAGUGUAGCAUAGCAUUAAUCUUCUUUACCAAUGAUGUUCUGGUUAUUAACUUCGUAUGAACUAUAUAAUUCCACAUUUUAAAUCCCACUCGCAUUCAGAUGCAUGUCUUCUGCAACACCAAGAGCAGGGGAAAGACAUGAUUUCAUUGUUACUGUUGAAUGGAACAAUUCAGUUACUACUGUUCAUAAUAUCGAAAACCUUAAACUGAAAGGUUGAUGCUGAUGUGAA